CGAGGAGCCGGGACCCGCCGCCCCCGGGACACGAGCGAGGGCCGCCCGCUGGCCACGGGGUCCGGGCUCGGCCCGGCCCGCGAGGGUCAUGUCGGUCAGCGAGCUCUACAGCCAGUCUCAUCAAGGCUCAUGGAUACUUGCGUGAUUAGGUGGGGGUGAAUACGGACUUCAUCCUUCCUGUGAGAUCGAACAAAGCAGGCAGCAGUGAGUCAGGGAGGAAACAUCGGAUCGAGUUUGCUUCAGUCGUCUUCUCCCACAGGAGCAAUAAUAAUACUCAUGGUUUUCAUCUGAAGAUUCAUACCAUCUUUUAUGUUCAUCACUUGGCCAACACCUGUAGAGAGCACUUUCUACCUGCAGUGAUGCGUCACAGCCCAUGCGUGAGGCAGAGACGAAGAGCCCAUCCCUGCAAAGUAGUCUCUGACCUUGAGUUCUUCCAGUCCAGUGGUUCAUUUGUUGUAUGAAUAAGUAUUAAGGAGGUAUUUGUACAUUAAAAGGAGAUAAAUUGCUCUGUCUUGUUUCAUCAGAUUUAAUCAAAUUCUUAAUUUGCUUACACUUGCUAAUGAGAGCUAAUGUGUAUUUGUGAAAUAAGGAAAAUGAAUGUCUCCUUAGCCACAAACUAGUGUUUCUUUGCUAUCAAGCUGCUUGCUUUUUUAAUGGUCAUUUUACUGUGUAUACAUGUGUGUAACUAUGUAACAAGCUGUGUGCACCGAAAUGGUAAGAAUACCCUUAAAAUGUGAUUUUUUAUGACUAACACGUCCGAUCCUACCUGUAUGAAUGCUGGUUCCUUCAGGAUGUUCCCUUUGGCAGAGGUACAGGGAUACUGGAGCUCAUCAAUACUUCUUCUGAAAUUGGCUUCAGAUCUGAUGAUGCAUUCUUUUUCCUUUGUAUGGUGGCAAAGUCUGUGCCUGGAAGGUAUGCUUUCUUUUCUGGAAACAGCCAAGAGUUAUUCAAAGAACUAAGCUGGUUGAGUAAGGUAGGAAUUCACUGACGUAUAUUUCUGUUACAGGCAAAGUGUGACUUGCAGGUACUGAUGACAGUUGUGUGUGGCCUCUUACUAGCUGUCAUCCUCAGGAGAAGUAGUCAGGCUUCAGAUGCUCUCAGUGAUCAAUCAGUGUAGAGCCUCCCAGGCUGUUAGGAAAAUACUCAUUUGAAUGUAGCAGUUCUGGUUUGUUUGGUUAAAAACUUAAAGGCUCACCAAAUUUUAUAGUAACACUGAUUUAUAGUCCCAUUUAAAUAUAUAUGUAUGUUAACUUAUUAUGUGGCAUAUAGUUGCCUCAGCGUUAUGACAAGCAUAAUAACAUUAAUGAAUACUUACUGAUUUAAGAAUCAAAUGGAAAGCCCAUUCCACCUAAUUUCCUAAAAUGCUCUUUUGAAAGUAGAUGGAAGGAUGAUCUUUUUAAAAAAAGUUUAAAAAUUUUUGGCUGCGUUAGGUCUUUGUUGCUGCACGUGGGCUUUCUCUAGUUGCGGCGAGUGGGGACUGUUCUUCGUUGCAGCGUGUGGGCUUCUCAUUGCGGUGGCUUCUCUUGUUGCGGAGCAUGGGCUCUAGGCACGCAGGCUUCAGUAGUUGUGGCGCACGGGCUUAGUUGCUCCACGGCAUGUGGGGUCUUCCCGGACCAGGGCUCAAACCCGUGUCCCCUGCAUUGGCAGGCAGAUUCUUAACCACUGCGCCACCAGGGAAGUCCCGAAGGAUGCUCUUUGUACCUUCGUACCUCUGCUAUGCAUCAGGCAGGAUAAGAAAGGAAGGCAGAGCAGUAUUAUUUGCAAUUGCCAAAAGGAGGAAGCAACCCAGUGUCCAUCAUGAAUGGAUGGAGAAACGAAAUGGGGUACAUCCAUACAAAGGAAUACUAUUCAGCCUUAGAAAGGAAGAACGUUGGUUCAGUCGGAUCUGGGCACUGGCUGCAGUGACUCCUGUCUUUUCUGGCUCUCCUCGCUAUGUCCCUUUCACUUCUAGAAAUGCGGUCUCCAGUGUGGCUGUCUCUGGUGUCAUCAAAGUGUUCAAUGACUUGAAGGUGAGUAAGUCGUCUUCACCAGAGGAUGUGAAGAAGCGCAAAAAGGCGGUGCUCUUCUGCCUGAGCGAGGACACGAAGAACCUCAUCCUGGAGGAGGGUGAGGAGAUGCUGGUAGGUGAUGUGGGCCAGACUGCAGACGACCCCUAUGCCAUCCUUGUCAAGGUGCUGCCACACAAGGACUGCCAUUACACCCUCUGUGAUGCAGCCUGUGAGACCAAGGAGAGCAAGGAGGAGGCCUGGGCCCCUCAGUCUGCACCCCUGAAGAGCAAAAUGAUCUAUGCCAGCUCCAAGGAUGCCGUCGAGGAGAAGCUGACGGGGAUCAAGCAUGAGUUAGAAGCAAACUGCUACGAGGAGGUCAAGGACCACUGCACCCUGGCAGAGAAGCUGGGGGCCAGCGUUUUCAUCUCUCUGGAGGGCAAACCCCAGACCUGCCCACAGGGGUUGCAGGCUGCCCCCUUCCUGCCAGACCAGAGGGGCUGGGGGGGGUCCCAGCAGGGGGCGGGCAAUCCCUUCACUCAAGUUGCCAAACAGCCUCCCCACCUCCUGGGCCAUCCUCCUCCCUCCAUCCCUGAAGGUUCUGGCCUUCCCAAACUGCUUUUUUUUUUUUUUUUUUUUUUCGUGGUACGCGGGCCUCUCGCUGUCAUGGCCUCUUCCGUUGCGGAGCACAGGCUCCGGACGCGCAGGCUCAGCGGCCAUGGCUCACGGGCCCAGCCGCUCCGCGGCAUGUGGGAUCUUCCCGGACCGGGGCACGAACCCGCGUCCCCUGCAUCGGCAGGCGGACUCUCAACCACUGCGCCACCAGGGAAGCCCCCAAACUGCUUUUGAUUUUCUUCUUGGGUUGAAGCAGAUUAAGCUCAAACAGGGGUAUGCCUGGGGGAAGGAGCACUGUAUUUUUUAACACCCCAGUUCCCCAUCUGUUCCUUCCCUUUCCCAUGCUGUCAACUUCUAAUAGCAGUAGUGACUCUGUCCUUGUGUGUUUAGUUCUGUAUAUAAAUGCAGUGUUGUAGAGAUGCCCCCUCCCCAUGCUGCCUGGUUCCCCUAACCUUUUUCCCCAGUCGUGGCCACUCAUGGAAGCAGGACUAGUAAGGGACCUUCAAUUAAAAACAAACAAAAAACAAAGGAAAGAAGGACAUUCUGACACAUGCUAAACAUUGAUGAACCUUGAGGACAUUAUGCUAAGUGAAAUAAGCCAGUUAUAUCGUGACAGAUACUGUGUAAUUCCACUUACAAAGGUAUCUACGGGAGUCAAAUUCAUAGAGACAAAGCAGAAUGGUGGUUGUGGGAGGGAGCGGAGAGUAGAGAGUUGUUUAAAUGGAUGCGGAAUUUUCAGUUUUGCAAGAUGAGAAGUUUUGGAGAUGCCUGGUGGUGAUAGCUGCACAACAAUGUGAAUGUGCUUAAUGCCACCGAACUGUACAUUUAAAAAUGGUGAGGAUAGUAAACUAUGUGUAUUAUACCACAAUUAAAAAAACUCUGGAGAGAAAAGGGCAGGGAAAAUACGGUGGUCAAGAGUAUAACCUUUAGACUCGAUAGACCUGGGUUUUGAGUAUUGGUGUCCUGUCUGUGUCACCCUCGUACCACACCACCCCCCCCCCCCCGCCCACCCUGCCCUGGCAUUUACCAGCUGUGUGACCUUAGACAGUUGCUCAACUUCUAGGCUUCAUUUAUCUGUAAAACAGGGGUAAGAAGCUAGUACAGCCCUCAGAGGCUUGUUGAUGAGAUAAAAUGAGAACACGUGAACUGUAUUAGUUGGUGCUAAUCCUGUUGCUAGGAGAAGGUCUUGUCCUUGGGAAGCGGCAGUCCAGUGCAGGACAGUAUGGGGUGAGAGCCUGAAGGGCUGGGAAGGUUGCUGUGGGUGCUGAUUCACUGGUUCCAACUCCUGCAUGUGGGGCGGCCCGCCUUGGAUUGGGUCCUCUCAUUUAGCAGAGCACCAGCAUUGGUGGAGAAGCUCUAGGGCUGUGCACAUGCUUUUCCUCUUUCAGGUGUGGGGAAGGAAAGAACAAAAGGAGUCUUAAAGUCCUGGCUUUGUGACCACCUAUCAUCUCAAAUCUUCAACCCUAGCACUCCAGACCUAACUGUUCUAUAGCUUAAAAUUGUGGAUGCCCCCGAUUGUACCGGGAGGAGCGUCCCACCUUGACACCACUAACAGGAUGCCUGUAUCUGUCUUUUGCGCUUCCUGGCACUUGGCGGAUGUCUAUAUCUGUCUAUUGCUCUUCCUGGCACUUGGCGUUCUAGGCUAUUUUGGUUGCAAGGGCACUUCAAGAUGUAGGCUCUACUCUAAGGAUGCUGUCUUAGGAACCAGGCUUAGCUGAUCUGAGCAGCCUGGCCUAAGAGAUCAGCACAGUAUUAGGGUACCAGAAAGAUGCUCACCCUUUCUGAGACUUUAGGGACCAGGUUAUCCUGUCAGCAGGGAUGCAUUUCCUUCCACGCCAGUGCCAUUAAUGUGACUCAGUUACUCUUGGCUCUGCCCUUUUCCCUGUCUUCUUACCACUGCCUUGGAUUAAACACCCCUUCCUGAAUCUCCAGUUCCAGUUUAGAUUGGCUGUACUAUCUGCUGUUAUUCCCGUGUCACUAAUGGCAAAAGCUUGAAAGGUUUUGUAGAAAGCAGACUCUUGGUUGGCUGUUCCUAGGCAGGUACCUGGUCCAAGGAGCUUCUGAAGAUGGAUCAUCACUGAGAACCAUGUGUCUCCCUCAGAAGAGGCUGUGGAUGUUACAGGCUAUGGUUUUCCCACUUACAGGUGCAUCGGAAUGACCCAGAGAACUAGCAAAAAUGUAGGUGCUGCUUCUCAUCCCCGUAGAGUAGGAUUUGAGCCUGGGAUUGGUUUCGUUUUUUGCUAGGUCAUGGCUAUUUGUGGUACUUGGAUCCUUCUGCUUGAGUUUCUAAUCUGGUUUUUGACUAUUGUCAAUCCCUGCCUUGGUUUCUGGUGGUGGUUUCCACAUCUGACCUGCUAUUAGACCCUAAAAACAACACUGGGAUAUGGGCUUUAACAUCUAUUAACAUAGAUGUUAAAACAGCUAUUACAGUAGUCCAAUAAUAGACUUUUUUUUUCCUUUUUGGGUUUGGUGUGUCUCCUCUGCUAAAAGUAUUCUACAUCUUCUUUUUCUCCAAGUGCUUCCUCUACUUCCUCCCUCCUCCCUUGCCUCACAUUCCUUAACCUUCUGUAAUGCAUCCUUAAUAAAAGCUCUAGGGAUUGCCCACUGCAUUAAUAUCCCUGAAAUCUGACCGGCAGUAUGAAACCACUGCCAGGCUGCUAGGGUUACACAACACUCAGCCAUGUAGAGAGCCCUUACUGAAUGGGGCAGACGCUAAGGGUAUCAGUAUGAACUGUGCUCAAGCCGCAAUGUGAACCAUCGCAGAAAUCAGAAACUGCCUUAAAUGCUGGCCGCAGAAUAAUGUGUCCAGGGCUAUAAAUAACUCCAGCAGCCCUGGAACUGUAGCCUAUAUCUAAAGCGAUGUAGCUAAGUGCCAGCCAAAUGAUUAGUUAGGCUAUGAUUGUUUUCCACUUUAUCUCACUCAGUAAGUCAACUUUGGCUUAAUGCUGGAAUUUGAAAUCUCGCCUUAACGUUUCUUGUGCUUUGCCAGCGGGGGGUCAGUGGUUGCAGUUUCCUGAUGAGCUGUGUUUAUGCAUCUCCGGUUUUUCCUGUGAAUUUACAGGGCACCUUAAGAAAUUAUAAUUCUUCAGUUAUUCGCUGUGGUAAACAAUGGUUAGAAUUUGAGUUCAUGGCACUGAGAUGGGAAGUUUGAUCGUUUUCAGUCAUACACGUUCUGGUUUAACAGCGCUACACAAGUGGGAAGUAGCACUGAUGCUACUCUGUGCCAGUCUGGGCUGUGAACUCUGAGUCUGAAGCUUUAUUUUGCGGAGAUGUCCAUUUUCAGCUCAUCAUGAUGGCCAGAAUUGCCCUCACCCACAGCUGAAAUGUCUUCCAUUCUUGGUCUCAAUUGGUUGGGCAGUGUUAGGUAACCGAUACAAGUAUUUGAGACUCUUCUUGAUGUCAGGCACAGCGCUGGAUGUAAGAGGCGCAUGGUCCUCGUUAACUUACAAUUAUAUUCCAUGUAAUAAGCGCCAUCCAGGAGUAGUGAAUGAAGGAAGUGUCUUACCGAGAGGACAAGGGUGGUAGGACGUGACCCCCGUGUAGUAGGAAGUUGUUGAGGUUCUUGGGCUGUCAUGGCAGCUCUUAAGACAGCGGUUUAGGAGGAAGUCUCACCUCUUCCCUCCUGUCAGUCCCUCAACGGGCCCUUCUGUCUCCUGCCUCUUAGCGUGGGGAAGGGCAUAUACGUCCCCUGCCCCAGAAGCACACUUCAUUGGGUAGUGAUGAAGCUCAGAAUCGCAUCACCCAGGGGCUUCCAGCCUCCAGAGCUGUUCCUUCUCUGAGCUCUGUCUUCUCAGAGCUCACGGAAUGGGGGCCCCAUUUGUCCACUUGGAAGACUGCUUUUCCUCCCUCCAGCCUCAGGGGCUCAAGUCUGCAGGUAGAACAGCUGGUUGGAUGUAGGGGACAUCCACCCAGCUGACUGGAUGGGAAAGGAUAGGGCUGAAGUUUGGUUUGUGUAGCCUUUUAAUAUGGAGAAAACAUCAAAUAGUGAUGUCAGAGAAUGCUUCCCAUAAAUUACCAUGCCAUUUGAGGAGGAAGGUGAAGAUGAGAGUAUAUAAAAUCCAAACAAACAAAAUGUUUAUGAGCUGUUAUAAGGGUAUGUUUAUUGUACUCUUCUUUUUGGAGCAUAAAGAUACAGUGUUACCCAAAGUAUGGAAGAAUAUUUGCAUGAAUCUUUUCAGAGCUGCCUCUAACACUGAGCUGAACCUCUGCAGCUUAUUCCUGAGAACAAAGUUAAUUUAGCCUCAACUUGUAUCCAUAAAACUUGGAUUAUCUUGAUUUAUGUAACUGUUUUAGUUUUACUCUUUCCCAUUGUUUUAAGUGGGUAUCAUAUGACGUUUUCUCAAAGCUUGGUGUUCAUCAUCUCCCUUAUAAAAUAGUACUUUUAAUCUUAACAAAUAAGUGUUAACUAUGGUUUAUCUGGUACUGGUGCACUAACUUGACUUAAGGUGAUUCAAACAUAACCAGAAAUACAGGCAAGAAACAUGUGCCAAUAACUUUUUCACCUGGGAUGAUAAACGAUGAUCAUAAGAGUGAACAAUUGUCUUCUAGGCAAAAAAUUGUAGUUUCUUAAAUUGUUGCAGGCUUUAGAAAAGGCUAUGGAUUUUACGUACUUUAGUGAGAUUGCUAUCACAUUAACCUCUUUACAACCUCUUUCUUAUCAAGACGAUGAUUUACAAUAGUGAGUGUUCAAAAUGGAAGUUUUGCAAAGUUCUGUGUGAACUUUGUGUGAACUGUGCCGGUGGUGGCUCUUGGUUGGCCAUCAUGAAGUAUCAGCCUGGAUUGAGGACGAGGUGUGGAGGGGAGGAUGAAUUUGCAGAUGUGAGAAAACAGAUGUCCUUUGAAGAGGACUGAGUAAUGGUGGCGCAAUCCUAGAGCUUGGGUAAAUCUGGCUCAUGGAUACACCGAAAUAUCAGGUAUUCAGCAUGUGUGUGGGCAAAGGCAAACAAUUGCCAAGAAGCCAACCAACUGGAAAACAAAAAAAAAUCAGUUGCGUGAGUCAUCACCCUGCUCAGUGAGGAUGUGCGUUGGGGCGAGGGUGAGAUGGAAGGAGGGAAUCUGUUUCCUGAGGCAGCUCAGAGCCUCUCGAAGUGAGAGGUUCUGAAGCGAAGUCAGCCUCUUGAAGCAUCUCACUGUGAUGGACAGUGUGAGAGAUUUUCAAAGGUGAUUUUGGUACUGCUUGGUGAUUUUUGCUUUAUUAUUGACUUUAGAAUCAAGCUUCCUCACCGCCCCCAAGAUGUGACUCCCCUACGUUCUGAUGUUGGUGACAUAUUUUUAAGGGAUCUCUAAAAAUAGAGCUAGAGGUAGCUGCCUAGAAGAGAAAAGUGCAUGGAAACUAUGGCACAUGAAGAACGGCUGGGGGGGUCCCAGGCAUAGAGGCCAGAAAAAAGGAGAUAUAAUCCUGGAAUGUAUAGGGCUGUCAUGUGGAAUUCAUGUGUUUCCUCUCUGAGUUCAUCUGAGGGUCAUAGUGAUCAUCAAUGGGUAUGUGCAGGGAGGUGAGUUGAGCUCGGGGUCCAGAAGCACAUGGCCCCCAGUAGUGGAAUGGGCUGCCUUGUGUGGAAGUGAGGGCUUCAUCUCUGCAGGUAUCUUAGCAGGUUGGGCACCACCCAGCAAAGGAUGCCAUGGGGGGUGCCUUAGAAUGGGAAUUUGACCCAUACGCUCUUAACUUCUUGCCCACCUUGAAAGGUGGCUAGCAAUGGCUGCUUCUUCGGAAGGAAAAAUAUAAAACUAAGGUGAGAAGGAAUAAUUACAAAUGAACAGUAAAAGGAAGGAAGGAGUAAACCACAUGCGAUUCUACUCAUCUAUAAAAGGAAACCUAAAGAAAUUUGUUUUCUGAUUUUUGUUUCUCUUAGAGAAAUAAGUUUCCAACUCACUUGAAUUUAUUCUAAGAAUGAGAAUUACAAAGCUUUAAUUGAUUCAGUACAAAAUAGUUUAAAAUGUGCUUUAGUUCCAUGUUUUGGUGGUGGUGAUUCACUGGUGGGAGGUGGAAACGCAGUGUAAGAGGACCACCUGUUA